UGUUACGACUUGUGAUGUGUGAUGGGUUUAAAAAGGUGGUGUUGUUAUACUGUUAUGUUGUGCUGUGGUGCUGCUGUGAAUUGCGGUGUUGUGGUAUUGCUAUGGUGGUGAUUUAUGGUGUUGUCAUUCUUGGCGCGUGUGGUGAAUGGUGAUGUGUUGUGCGUGUGAUGCUGUGCGUGCGUAGUGAUGUAAUGUGGUAUUGGAUUAGCGGUGUGUGGUGUUGUGAUGACACUGCUGCGACUGGUGCGUGCGAUGUUAUGGUGUUGUGGCUCCGUGAUAUUGCUAUGAGUAUGUGGUGUUGAAGUAAUGUGCUGCUGUGGCGAUGUGAUGCUGUGGUAGUAUUGUACGUGUUUAGAUGUGGAGAGAGUGAUGUUGUGGAGCUGUGAUGCUGUGAUGCUACGACGUGUGAAGCAACAGAACAUUGUGGUGAUUCGGUGAUAGUGUUUAUUAUGAUGCGUAUGAGUUCUUAGUGCUGUGGCGGCGCUGUGAUGCUGUGGUGCUACUGUAAUGCUGUGAUGCUGUUUCGCGUGAGUAGCAGUGGUACGUGCGUUGCGUGCCGGCAGGAGGCUCUGGAAGGGUUGCCGCUGUGGCCAGGUGACUCACGCUAAGGCCGCCGCCCACCACCCGUCGCCCGCUGCCUCACACUCAUGGCCGCAGUGAACCAGGAGUGAAUCCGCGGCGGGGCUGAGUUGCGCGGCGCGAGUCCAGCCAGUCUCCCUGAGGUGGCCGUGCUGAUACGUGCCAUGAGGAUUUGUACAUAUAAAGGACUUUUUAGUGAAGUGACCACGUGAACACACCUCAUGAUGACGUGGCUCAGUGAAGUUGGUGACUGAGUGCGUGCGUGGUGAGUGACACAACAGUGAUGAGACAAUGGAGAGUGACUAUGAUCCAUUCGUGAGGACUCUGCCUUGUGCCUCUGAUCCCGAUGACUUGGUGACAUGGUGCACCGACGCUGACCACGGCCGGUGCAGGGCGUACCUGGCCAAGGUGAUCAGCGUCGACGAGGACGACAGUGAAACCACAGACGAGGACGAGAAAUCAGAGUCCCUCCUCGCGCGACCGCCGCUCUAUAUUACAGAAAACGUGGGGCGCGGCGAGCGAUCCUUCCCACCACAGACUAUUGUAUCCUUCGCCAAACCGCCGCAGGACGUGCGGCGCGGCGAGGUCACCACCACACCGGUGUUCGGCCGGUACCCUGACGAGGACACCACCUAUUACUUCGACGACGCGGUGAUCAGUGAGAGCUGCGGGGACAGCGAGCGGAGAGCGAGGGCACCGGGUACCUGGUGCCGCCCGCACACUACCUGUCCUGCCCCAACAUCAGCCCUGCCGCAGAGGAACAGGAGGGCAGCGCGCCGCCGCCCACUGAGGCUUACGAGACUCCCAACCCGUGUGUGCCUGUCCAGUUCUCAGCUGCGGGCGACGCGAGGAGCGGAGACGAGCUAAGAGUAGAGGUGGGCCGCGGGGAUGGGCGGCACACCCACGCCCAACACACGGCGGCGCCCGGCUUGACAGACAGUGGUACAUUUAUCUCGGAGGUUUUUUCUUCAGGGAAAAACACUAACGGAGGUAUUAGUCUUGGCGAAGUGACAGUGGAGAGCCUCAUCUCCUUGUGUGACACAGACACUGACCCCGCCAGGCCUCCCUCCGCGUGGGGCGGGCCGGCCUCAUGUGACCCUGGGGGCGCCGUGGGAGAAGAAAACAGUGAUGUGGGUCGCGGUGGAGUCAUGAUAGAUGCCUCCCCGCUUUUUCUUGCCGCCCACAUGAGGAAAGAAGCAAAGGCACGUCAGGCCAAGAUGUUCCUGAGCCCCUGGAUCCCUCAAACCUGUGGGAACACCUUCUGGGGGUGGACAGCGGCCAGUACACUGCGCCAUGGAGUGUGACGACACGGACAGCGGAUAUAGAGAAUGAGGGCAGGAAAGACGGGGGUGUGGCGGAGAGCGAAGCCGCAGCAGAGAAGGAAAACGAGAUUGAUGACGCAGAGAAACUUGAGAAAGAUGACGAGGAGGACGAAGAAGAGAAAGAGCAACAAGAAGAGCACCACCAACACGAAGAAGAAGAAGAAGAAGAAGAAGAAGAAGAAGAAGAAGAAGAAGAAGAAGAGCCAGAACCAGAACGCAACAAAGAGGAUAUCACAAGAGAGAACGAGAAAACGGUAAAAGGAGACGGAGAACAAGAUGGCGAGGAGAAGGAAGAGGAGGAGGAGGAGGAGAAGGAGGGGGAGGGGGACGAUGCGCUACGUGACGACCUAAGUAAUGAGACAGAGGAGGUGAGAUACGAGGUCACUCCCGAAGUUAAUGGCGCGAGAGGACGGGACAUAACCCAGGUAGAUGAGGCGGAAGAGGGAGACAAGGGGACAGAAGGAGAAAGGGAGGAGACAAGCGACGAGGGAGGAGACGGUGAGGGGGACAGGGACGAGGAGGGAGAGAAGACAGAAGAGGAGGGAGAGAGACAGAAAUAGCGAUCAGUACAGUAGAGGAAAGUAAUGAAACACAGGGAGAAGAAAUCGAAGUGUGUCUGGAAACUGAAGAGAAGGAAAUCCAGGAAUCUCUUCUUAAUUUUGAAGAAGAGGAGAAGGAGGAGGAAAAGGAGGAAAAAGUUAUUGAAGAA